AUGACAAAGAACCAGCAAUUAGGGGAUGGGCUGAAUGAGUUGCAACGGCUGACAAUUCUGGUCUCAGGAUCACCUGAAAUUCCUUUUUUUGGUGACCCGGAUACAUACGGUUCCAUAAUACCUUCUGGCUUCGACUCCGUCCCAUGGCUUGACUUGCACACCCCAGAGUCUUUCCGCGCUGAAUAUACCGAUUUGAUGACGCUGCCCACGACACUUCUUCCUGUGGCAGAUGCCACAGGGGUGCUCGCAUUCGAAAGCGAAUCACAGGAAUGCCCGAAAGAGCAAGAGUUUGGCCCCAUUGCCCCGGGGGUGACGCGGGUUGAGGGGUUGAAUCGUGGAGAAAUGACUCUUCCUGGCACGGCUCCGGGCAUCCCCACAGCCACGACAAUUUUGGAUCUUCCCUUCAAUGAUCAUGACUGGCUCUUUGAGAUGUGUAUGUCUACCUUAUCGUGGGUCUCCCCAAUAGUCUAG